CCCUUACGUCUCGUACUUUUCCGAUAUGAUUAUACGAGACUCCUGUCAAUCAGUGCAAAAGGACGCUGGUGUUCGUGGAUAGGCUGAAAGAGUAGCCAAUCUGUGAGGGGUUAUCUGAGCGGACAUUGCUGUGGAUUUCCGCCCGAGUGGCUUCAGUCUCUGCAAUGACUGCACUUUGGAAAGAUGUUUUGCAGAAUGUCCAACUCAUUCAAUAUGUGGCUCCAAUUGCAAUAGAUGUAGCACUACUUGAAGGUGUUCUAAUGAGGACUAAAGAUGACCCCACUGUUUCUGAUGUAGUGAACUAUGCACCCUUUACACUGCUCCCAUCUGCAGUACCAAAAGAUCUGCUUGAGCAAGCCUAUUCCGUUCAACAAGACUUUAACCUGCUGGUGGAUAAAGUUAGCCAAGAUACAGAAUUCCUGGAGUGCACUCUUGCCAGUAUCAUUAAAGUGGAUGACUUUACAGCUCAACUUUUUAAAAUUUACAAGCAGGUUUUGAAAGAAGGAAUGGCUCAGUCAGUGUUUUUAGGAAUCAAUCGCUCUGACUACAUGUUUGACUAUGAUGCAGAUGGUUCUCCAGCUCUAAAACAAGUAGAAAUAAAUACCAUUGCUGCAAGUUUUGGAGGCCUCACAUCUCGAACCACUGCAGUACAUCGGCAUGUGCUGAAUGUUUUGGGAAAAUCAAAGGAAGCCUCAAAAUUGCUUUCCAAUAAUCCAUCCAAAGGGAUUGCUAUGGGCAUUGCAAGAGCUUGGGAACUCUAUGGCUCAAACAGGGCAGUAGUGAUGUUUCUGGUUGAAGAGGCUCAGAGAAAUAUUUUUGACCAACGCUGUAUAGAAAAUGAACUAUGGAUGAGGAAUAUCAGGGUGAUCCGAAGAAGUUUUAAAGAUGUGUUUGAAAAAGCAUCUUUGGACAGUGAAAAGAAACUGCAUAUAGAUGGGGAGGAAAUAGCAGUGGUAUACUAUAGGGAAGGCUAUGUGCCAAGGAGUUAUAACGAACAGAACUGGGAGGCACGCUUAUUACUGGAAAAGUCCAGAGCAGUUAAGUGUCCUGAUAUAGCCACACAGCUUGCUGGAACCAAAAAAGUGCAGCAGGAGCUGAGCCGGCCAGGAGUCCUGGAAGAAUUCUUGCCAAAUGACCCAGAAGCAGCGGCUCGAUUAAGAGCAACGUUCGCAGGUCUCUAUUCCUUGGAAAUGGACGAAGAGGGUGAUAAGAUGGUUGCCAUGGCUAUUGCUGACCCAGAUCAAUUUGUGUUAAAACCACAACGGGAAGGAGGAGGGAAUAAUCUCUAUGGAGAUGAGCUCAAGCAGGUUCUGGAGAAAAUUAAAGACAGUUCUGAGAGGACUUCUUAUAUUCUCAUGGAUAAGAUAAAGCCUCUCCCGACACUAAAUUACUUGUUGAGGGCUCAUUUUCCACUGAAAAUAUCGGAAUGUGUGUCUGAAUUGGGAAUCUUUGGAGUCUAUAUCAGACAUGGUCAAAAUCUUGUGAUGAAUAAGCAUGUGGGCCAUCUCUUGAGAACAAAGGCUAUAGAACAUGCAGAUGGUGGAGUAGCAGCUGGUGUAGCUGUCUUGGAUACACCUUAUGUGAUAUGAGAACAAAAUCUCACAACGCUUGAAAUGGGAGGCAUUUUCUUUUAAGGCAUGAUUGCCAAAUGGCAGACUUCAUAAUCAAAUUUAUAGUAAUUCUUUUUAGUAAUUUGCUGUCUUGGUCAGAAAAUAGAGGAUUCUAAAUGACCUACAUUGACCGUUUUCUGAAAUAUCCCUGUCAAAGAUGCAUCUCAUGGACCUAAUGUGCUUUUAACUGUCAUGGUCAACUCACCGCUAUGACAUCUCCUAAAAGAACAUGUGGAUUUCUGAUAGCAGAAAAUAUUCUUGAUAACUUUCCACAUAUUCAAGAUGUAAUUCUGUUUUUCUCAGAGUGGCAAGAAGGAAUGAAAUUCUUCCGGAAUUACAGUCUUUUGGGAAACAUCCUGUUUUACUCUGUGCCUGAAAAUGACCUGAGGACAAGUAAGAAUCAUGUAUAUAUGUUGCUUUUUAUGGUGGUUAUAGGGAGCAUCUUUGAAAGAUGCACAAUCACUAGCAUUGGGUAAAGGACAUAAUAAACAAUGUAGAAAUCACUUCGGUUUCAGUGAUCCCUGUACCCACCUGUGUUUUAUAAAAGCAACACAACCUAAGAAAAAGGCUAACAAUGAGUUUGGUGGGAAAUGAUGUCAGAAACAAUGGUAACAUGCAAACCUCUAACAGCCAAGUUUACUAGGAGUGAUUUGAGCUAAAAGUAGUGGUCUAAGACUGGUCACUUCUGACUAUCUGGUCAGUCCUGACUAUCUCGUGUCAGUAACUGAUAAGUGAUUACAAAAAAGUGCUUCACCACUUUUUUUGAAAAAGAUAGCAAAUGUGUAGUAAGUUCAGAAACUAUGCACUGAUAUGUGAAAAACAGGUAUGUUAAUAUGGCUUUUUUUAAACUCAGAUUCUUACAUCUCCAAACUCUAUGAAACAAUGGAAUUUGUCUUUUUGCAGAAAACAAUCAGAAUACCUUUCCUGAAAUA